CCCGAAACCAAUUUUUUGGCAUACACGUGAAGUCUCGUCUCGCUCUGAGAAAUACUUUGCUUGUUUCCUGUUACGAAGAAGAAGAUUAAUGGAGGGUUUCGCAUCGUUCUUCAAUUCGGAGUCUCGCAAUCGGUGGAGCUAUGAUUCUCUCAAGAACUUCCGCCAGAUCUCCCCCGUCGUUCAAAAUCACCUCAAGCAGGUCUAUCUUGCACUAUGCUGUGCUUUAGUAGCAUCCGCAGCUGGGGUUUAUCUUCACAUUCUCUGGAAUAUCGGUGGUCUCCUGACUACCAUUGGAUGCAUUGGAAGCAUUGUUUGGAUGCUCUCUUGUCCUCCUUAUCAAGAGCAAAAAAGGGUAGCACUUUUGAUGGCAGCAGCACUUUUUGAAGGAGCCUCCAUUGGUCCUCUGAUUGAGUUCGCCAUUGACUUCGACCCCAGCAUCCUUGUUGGUGCAUUUGUUGGUUGCGCUUUGGUAUUUGGCUGUUUCUCAGCAGCUGCCAUGGUGGCAAGGCGCAGAGAGUACCUGUACCUCGGAGGCCUGCUUUCAUCUGGUCUCUCCCUACUAUUCUGGUUGCAGUUUGCAUCCUCCAUCUUUGGUGGUUCUAUGGCCCUUUUCAAGUUUGAGUUGUAUUUUGGGCUUCUGGUGUUCAUGGGCUACAUUGUAGUCGAUACCCAGGAAAUAAUUGAGAAGGCACACUAUGGAGAUCUGGACUAUGCCAAGCAUGCUCUAACCCUGUUUACUGAUUUCGUUGCUGUUUUUGUCCGAAUUCUCAUCAUCAUGUUGAAGAACGCUUCCGAGAAGGAGGAGAAGAAGAAGAAGAGAAGAAACUGAGCUCGGUUAAAGCAGCAACUACUUCCAUGAUCUGACUUGAAAAUGUUGAUUGUGCAGAUAAACUUUGUUGCUCUCAAAACUUUGCACGUACCAAUGUUAGUGUUAAUAGGGAUAGUGAUACUGCUAAAUAUGCCUAUGGUGUAUAUGUGCCAUUUCCUUUUGGAAGCAUUACUUUGCAAUUCAAUAACUAUAUAUGCAAGUAUUUGACGUAAAUCUUUCUAAA